AUGGCCAACACAUCUGAGAUGUUUCGGACGUUUGUCCAGUUUCUCACUCCCUUGAACAUUUCCUUGUUCGCCGUCGCUGUAUUCAUCCUUCACUCGAUCAGAAACAAAUUCCGUCGCGGGCUGAGAACUCUUCCUGGACCGACAUUAGCGGCAUACUCUGGGCUCUGGCGCUACCUGGAUGUGCGAAGUGGACAAGCUCACAAGACGGCGAUCGACCUUCAUCGGAAACAUGGAUCCCUUGUGCGAAUUGGCCCGAACCAUGUGUCCAUCUCAGACCCUAGUGAGAUCAAGAAGAUCUAUGGUCUCAAGUCUGGCUACACCAAGACUGCGUUUUACCCUAUUCAAUCCAUCACUUGGAAGGGCAAAGUAGAGGUCAAUUUGUUUGGCACCCGAGACGAAGACUACCAUCGCGAGCUCAAGAAGCCAGUCGCCAACGCCUUCAGUCUCACCACACUAUUGACGAACGAGCCAGCUGUCGACUCCUGCACCAACUUGCUCAUUGAGAAGUUGUCUGCCUAUGCUGACGCAUCGACCCCUGUUGACUUUGGGGAAUGGCUUCAGUUUUAUACCUUUGAUGUUGUCGGCGAGAUUACCUUUGCCAAGAAGCUGGGGUUUCUCGAGAAGGGUGGAGAUGUAGAUGGAAUGAUUCAGGCUAUCGAGGACCUGCUGGUCUAUGCCAGCUCGAUCGGCCAGGUUCCAGUUUGGCACAACUUCUUAAUGGGCAACCCACUUCUUCCUAUCCUCUUCCCCUCGAUGGAAGGAUGGAACAAGGUCCUCACCUUUACGCUCAAGGCGGUGAAUGCAGUCAUCGGCAAUGUUGAUGAAGAUUCCAAGUUGAAGAAGGAUGGAGAAUUCAGCAUCGAAUCCCUCGACAAGCAAGGGGAUAUGCUCAGCAAGUGGUUCGCCGUCAAGCUCGCAAACCCCGAAAAGAUGUCAACACGAGACAUCGUCGUUCACCUAAGCACCAACGUGUUUGCUGGAUCCGAUACGACAGCUAUUGCACUGCGAGCUGUGUUUUACGACCUUCUCAAGAACCCGGCAAAGAUGCAGAAGCUAGUCAAGGAGAUUGAUGAUGCUGCUGCAGCUGGGCUUCUCAGCUCACCCAUCUCUUUCAAGGAUUCUACCAAGAAUCUGCCCUACAUGCAGGCUGUGCUUAAGGAGGGCCUUAGAAUUCAUCCAUCGGUCGGUCUUCUCUUGGAACGCCACGUACCCGCUGGUGGCGCCGUCAUCUGCGGCAAGCCGAUCCCUGAAGGAACCAUUGUCGGAAUAAACGCCUGGGUCACGCAGCACGACCCCGAAGUCUUUCCCAAUCCCGACCAGUUUGAACCAGAGAGAUGGCUUGACACCUCUGAGGAGCAGCUUAAGAUGAUGGAACAGUCAUUCUUCGCCUUUGGUGGUGGGUCACGCACCUGUAUCGGAAGGCACAUUGCCAUCAUGGAGAUGGCCAAGCUUAUUCCCGAGAUCUUGAGGAGGUUUGAGUUAUCGCUGCCAAGUCCGGAUCACGAAUGGCACACGAAGAAUAUUUGGUUUGUGCAACAGGAAGGAUUGAUUUGCAACUUGAAGCGAAGACAGCAGGCUUGA